AUGGUUCUAGAUCAAAGCCAGGUCAUUCGGCUUUACUCUCAUAGGCUAGCUAACUCAUUAAUACCGUCUGAUCUUGGAGGAGAAUACGUUGAUAGUGUCACAAAUGAUUUACUAAGAUAUAUCAGUUCAUCAACAUCAAAAAAAUAUGAUAGUAAACAAAUAGCCAACCAAAUAAAGAUUCAGUUUUUAAGCAAGGGGCUUAAGAAUGAAUGGAUCAAAAUUCAAGAAAUUUUAGAGUCUCUAACUAAGUAUAAGAGUCUAGAACAGAUUACCAACUAUUUGGUUUUUUUGCAAACAUUACGGGGAGAGAGUCAAAGUCUUCCUUUCUUGUCGCCUUAUAAAUUGCCAUCUCAAACUACAAAUAUAAAGCAUAGUUCACGACCUGAGAACCAACUUCUUUCAUCUCCUUACAAGGCUAAAGAAUUUGGUGAAAAUCAAAAGACGUUGGAUCUGGUUAUCGGCCCAUACUACGAAUGCAUUUCCGAAGAAGAAAUACUAAGAUAUUUAUCUUAUUCAUUACUUGGGUCUGACUCGAAACUUUUAGUCUUCUUAAAUGAUGAAAGAUUGGAGCUUCCAACGAAUCUCAAUUCAAGCUAUAGUGGUCUUUUACGAAAUAUUUUGGAAGCUGCAUUAUUAUACAAAAGAUUAAGCAGAUUUGUCGAAACUAAUAAGGGUAAAUUAACUUCUCCCAUAAAAACGGCAUACUUGACAGCAUUGAAUUCAGAACUUAAUAUUUACGUUGACCACGUAAAUGAGAUUUUUAACUUCGAGCCAAGCUCGCUCAUGCUAGUUUAUCACAAACUUUUCGACUGGAUAUUUAAAUUAAGGUUGCUUUACUCAAUUGUCAAUUGUUUACAUUUAAAUGGUUAUGAUUUUAUAUCUAAGGUUUAUGAAUUGACAAAGUUUGGGGAUUCUCGUGUUAAAAUUUUGGCUGGAUUUAUAUUCGAGCAAAUCAUCACUCCUUAUUAUGAAAUAUUAGAGCAUUGGAUUAUAUGCGGAGACUUAAUUGACAGUAGCGAUGAAUUUUUCAUCAAGUUUGACACUAAAAAACUUAACUUCAACGAAAUCGUUGUAUUUCUUCCAUCUAGGACUCCAUUUUUUAUAAAUGAGGAUUUGAGUAGGAAAAUCCUUCAAAUUGGUAAAAUGAUAAUAUUUUUAUCCCAGUAUUGUAAAGAGUUGACAUGGGUUAAUGGGUAUCGAGAAAAGUAUUCCAAAUUUAUAUUUGAGGCUAAUGCAGGUCUCAAAUCUAUGAACUUCAAUACAAUAUCUGAACUAGUUCACACUCAGUAUAAAGAUCUUUUGAAUUUCUUUUCUAUCAUAGUACAGGAGAAAAAUGAAUUCUUUUUGCAUCUCCUGAGUCUUCAGAACUACUUAUUGAUGAAGUCAAACGAUUUGAUAGAGGCCUUGAUAUUUCAAGGUGGUCCGAUAUUUAACGACUCCUCAUCUAACAUUUCCACAAGCUACUUAUCAAAGAUAGUGACCGAAUCCAUCAAGCAUUCCUCUGCCAAGUAUUCUAAAUAUUCCACAAGGCUAGACGCAAGGGUGCUCGAUCCUACGCAUGGUCAUGUUGUCUGGGAAGUGUUCACAUUAGAGUAUAAAUUAGAUGAUUUACCAAUUCACAGCAUUCUUCAAUCUGGUAAAAUACAAUACUUAAAAAUGUUUAAUUUUCUUUGGAGAAUCAAGCAUUUACAAUAUUUGUUGAACUCCAAUUUCAUAGAUGCCUGCAAUAUGAGAAGAUCCGAGCUAAAAGAAACCCACAGGAAACUAAUGAGGCUCAGGAAGUCACGCCCAGGGAUAAGGGAAAGAAAAGUUGCUUGGCUUUUAAAGUCAUUUAGCACUGUUAAUAUAAUUCGUCAUCAGCUUAUUCAAUUUCUAAACUUUUUAGUCAGGUUCAUUUCUUUUGAUAUUAUUGAUGAUAACUUUAAUGAAUUUAUUGUUGAAAAGAUAUUUAAAUCCAAUAUUCCUGAUAUGAAAUCAAAACUUCCUAUAUCUGACUAUUUUCUCAAGUCAAUAGGCUCAAAGGUCAUAGGAUUAGCCUCGUCAACAGUCUCACAUAAUAUGAAUGAGUUAACUAUUGAUGAACUAAUCAAAAUCCACGAGCAGUUUCUUCUGCUGGUUACUCAAAAUCCGCUUCUUAAUGAAGCAGUCGUUGGAAAGUAUACUCGGCGAUCGUAUAUCGACCAGGUAUAUUCGAUUCUUGAAAUCAUUCUUAACUUCAUAGUCGGCUCGAAACAGUACUAUGAUCUAAUAACAAACUACAUUGCAGUAUUAAACAUCGAGGAAAAUUUGCUGGAAGAGGAACAUACUGACGAAGAUUUGGAACGAAUAGAAAUAAGCUUGAAGUCGAUAAUGAAGAAAAUAUAUAAAGAUCUCUUUAUUCAAGAGUUCCAAGUUAUUUACGAUGGUUUUGUCAAAGAUUUAAAAAGUGACUUAUUUAUGCGCGAAGUCUCCCGCUCGCUCUAA